AUAAUUGCCAUAAUGAGAUUAUUACUGUUAUUACUUUUAAAUGUGUUGACAAUAUAUUUUUGCCACUUGGGGCACGCAGCUCCAUAUGAUGAAGAAAGUUCAUCAUUAGUACAAUCGAAAAUUAGUCAAAUUGAAGAUUUUAUCAAAGAUUUAGAAGAAGAUGAUUUUGAUGACGAAUAUGAUACAGACGAUCCAUAUCCAGAAGAUAUUGCAACAGGAGAAUAUGUUAAUGAGAUUCGAUUCCAAGACGAUGACGGAAAUUGGCGCACCAUUAAUUUGAAUGAUACUCUUGAACCAGAUUACUUAUAUGAUUAUGAAAAUUUAACAUGGGUUGAUGAACCUGAAUAUGAUAUGGGGGGUGUUGACGAAGAAGGUAUUCUCAGAACGCGGCUGUGGCCAUUCCCAUCGCAUGUCAGUGAUCAUGUGACACCAAGCUUAUAUGCAAAAGAUGACCCAGAUACAGCAUACGAUUUGAACACAGUAAAUGGCAGGGAUGCACCAUUUGAUAUCAAUCAUCCAACGAAAGUUGUUGUCCACGGUUGGCUGGAAAGUGGCGGUAAAAUGUGGAUGAAACGUCUUAAGGAUAAAUAUUUUAUUAAUGGAUAUCAUAAUGUUGUGUUAGUUGAUUGGCAAAAGUAUGCUUUGUUAGAAUAUACCCUAUCAGCCCGUAAAUCUCGUAAAAUCGGUGCUUAUUUAGGUCAAGUACUCAUAUCGUUAAUAUUAGCCGAGAAAAUUCGCAUCGAAGAUAUUCAUCUCAUUGGACAUUCAAUGGGUGCACAUAUUGCUGGAAUUGCUGCGAAAACUAUUCAAAAACAAUUAGGGAAAAAAGUUGGCCGUAUUACUGGCCUGGAUCCUGCAGGACCAUUAUUUGAAACACCACUGUUAGUAAGAAAAAAGAAACGUUUAGUAAAAGAGGAUGCUGAUUUUGUUGAUGUCAUUCAUACAUGUGCUGGUGUAUUAGGUUUUAAAAGAGCUUUUGGUCAUGCUGAUUUCUUUCCAAAUGGUGGAAAAAAUAUUCAACCAGGAUGUGGUUUGUUUAAAAACCUAAUAUGCAGUCAUGCAAGAGGAUACAAAUUUUUUACUGAAUCGGUAAAUUCGGAACGUUUUGUUUCAACGCCAUGCGGUUCUUGGAAAAAAUUUAAAAAGGGUAAAUGUGAAGAUGGUGAACGCGUCUCAAUGGGAUAUUACUUAGAUACAACAGUAGCCAACGGUAAAUAUUAUCUACAUACAAAAAGACGUUCGCCUUUUGCCAAAGGUUAAUCAUUUGAAAUCUAAUGAUUUUGUAAAGAAUUAGGUUUUAUAAUAGAUUUGUGAUGUUUUUAUGUGAUGUUUUAUACAACAAAUUUUGUUCAUUU